AUGGACGGACGCAACAUUGCCACGAACACAGUCCAUGAUUCUUCGGCAAUGCGAAACCUCAAGAUUGUAGGAAGAUCGCUUCUGCUCUUCUCUGGAGACGAGCCGCUACCGUUAACGGCGACUGCUUGGGACGCCGCAUCAAAUGCGCUGGUAUGCGCCUUCGGUCCUUCGGAAUCACGUGCGACCAUCGAACUCAAGAGACUGCAUCAUACUCGCAACGGCGUCGAGGAAAAGCUUGAAAGCAUCGCAUCGUGGGAUGCGCCGUGCCCGCUGCCCUCGCUUACCCAUGACUCAAUCUUGAGCCUGCACCAUUUCGCCGACACUUCGACAUCAUGUUUAAUUUUGGCCGGAGGAGACAUCGUGCUCGUGCGAGAGGACCCAUCAUCUACAGAAGAGCUAGUUGAGAUCGUGGGCUCAGUCGAUGCCGGUAUCUCUGCUGCGGCGUGGUCACCAGAUGAAGAACUUCUCGCCAUCACCACACAGGCGGACACUUUGCUAUUGAUGAGCCGGGAUAUCGAAAACAUUGCGAGUAUCAAUCUGACUCCGGAAGAUGUCAACGUCUCCAGUCAUGUCUCGGUUGGCUGGGGAAAGAAAGAGACACAGUUCAAGGGCAAACGAGCCAGAGCACUGCAAGAUCCAACAGUGCCGGAAAGUAUCGACGAGGGUGUACUUAGCCCAUUCGACGAUCGCUCUGUCACGAUAAGCUGGAGAGGUGACGGCGCAUGGUUUGCAGUCAACAAGGUCGAGGAAGAACGCCGUCGCAUGAUCCGUGUCUACUCCCGCGAAGGACAGCUGGACAGUGUGAGCGAGCCCGUGGACGGUCUUGAAGGAGCUCUCAGUUGGCGACCAUCGGGUAAUCUGAUUGCGAGUACCCGUCGCACCGAAGAUAAGAUUGAAGUGGUGUUCUUCGAGCGCAAUGGUCUUCGCCACGGCCAAUUCGAUCUUCGAUUUACCCCGGAAGAGCUAGCAGCCCUCUCGAUUCCGUUAACACUCAAGUGGAAUAGCGACUCCAACGUCUUAGCUGUGUCAUAUCCUGACAAAGUACAACUUUGGACGAUGAGUAACUACCACUACUAUCUCAAACAAGAACUUCGAUUUCCGGACGCUGCUCCUCGAACAGUCAUAUGUAGCUGGCAUGCUGAGCGUCCGCUUGUAGUAGCUUUGUCAACUCCAGGUAAGCUGGCCCUCGUCAACGCGAGGUUAAUAUGA